CAGAGAUAUAAUGUAUUUACAUAUUUACAUUCAAAUCGAUCAUCGGACGCCCUGCCGCAGAAUAUAAGUAGCAGUCGUACCAUAGCGCGCUCUUCCCCUUCAUCUUUUCCUCCCCAAUAUCUCUUGCCCCCCUAUCUGCACGUCCUAUCAAAGUACCGGUGUUUUCAGGUCUCGAGUCUUUUUUUUGUUCAUUCCGGAAGCCAUACCCACUCAGAACGAACUUGAGAUUGGAGGACAGACAUGUCUGAAUCUAACAGGAAGUCAUCGCCAGGAAGUGUCCCUCUACCGCGGAGUCCGUUGACUCGAGCCAUCCAUUCCGAAGGCUCGGGGUUGCAAGAUCUAGCUACGGCGGCUUUCGGCCCGGCGGUCGGCCCCGACAUCACCGUCUCGACUACCUUUCGCAUCCAGCCUCCCUCCGACCUCCUCGCUCUUCAGCAAAAACUCGGAGAGCUACCCACACACUCAGGCCUCAACUCCAGACACGCUAACACCACUUCGCCCGGCUCCGUCGGUUCGAUCCACUCUUCAAGAUCUCCCGGGGAGAGCUUAGAAGCUUACAGGAGACAUUCUCAACCUGUUUUGGCCCAAACAGAAAAGACUCUCGGGAGCAUUUUGAAUGGAGAAGCCUUGGUUUAUUCCUCCGGACUGUCAGCCGCUUUUGCUGCGCUCAUGCUAAUUGGUCCAGACGUGAUCGCGAUCCGUGAUGGAUAUCGAGGCUGCCAUGAAACCAUCAAGCGCUACUGCCAAUUGAGGGGAAUGAAUGAAAGGAACUCAGUGGAAGUCAAAGUAAUUGACCUUGAUGAUUCUUACCCCCUGCCGGAAAGCGGGUUGAGGGUGCUCGUCUGGCUCGAGACUCCGGUGAAUCCUACGGGAGAGUGUCGCGAUAUCCAAGCUUAUGCAAAGAAAGUGCGUCAAUGCUCCGCGGGAUCCGAGCUCCUGGUCGAUUCGACGCUUGCACCCCCACCGUUAUCGAAUCCGUUUGCCUUUGGCGCCGACGUGGUAUUGUACAGUGGCUCGAAAUAUUUCGGCGGCCAUUCCGACACACUCUGCGGGAUCCUUGUGACCCACAAGUCAAACCCGUCCCGCUGGCGCCGGUUGUGGAACGACCGAACCCAUCUCGGCAUGGUCCCUGGCUCCCUAGAAAGCUGGCUUCUUUUGCGCUCAGUCAAAACCCUACAGCUGCGCAUCAUCCAUCAGUCCGAUACCGCCACCCGAUUAGCGGUUUGGCUGAACAGCCUCACCGAACGCGAUUACCGCUCCGAUACCGAUCCCGACGAGAUGCGCCGAUUGGUCACGCGUGUCUGGCACUCCUCCUUCCAAGACGGCGGCCGGUGGGUCGGCUUCGACCCGCAAACUAACGAACCUCGUCAAAUGAUGGGCGGCGGCUCGCCCUGCUUCUCCUUCAUGCUUCGACGGUCUAUUCAUGCCAAAUGGCUUCCGUACCUCACGCAAUUAUUCAUUCCCGCCACAUCUUUGGGUGGUGUAGAAUCACUCAUUCAGCACCAAGUACAAGCGGAGCCUUCUGCAGACCCACGCAUCGUCCGAAUAAGCGUUGGCUUAGAAGACUUCCAUGAUCUGAAGAAUGAUCUCAUUCAAGCGUUUGAUAAAGUCAUCAGGUACGAACGCCACCACAGUAAAUUAUGAUUGAGUUGAUGGAAAUCACACCUUUCAAGUCGAUCAAUUCGGUCCCACCAGCCUCAUCUCGUCGAUGGAGCGAAUCCAUCUACAUAUCUGAAACUCAACAAUCGAUCACAGUCACGCUAACUUCUUGAAUACUUUUAUCGGAACGAGAUGGAGGAGCAACGGAAUUUCUUUUCUUUUGAUUUAACGAAACUGCCCAUGAAAAUGAAACCAACAGUGAAAUAAACUGUUUCUGAUGCCAAAUCUAGGAGUGCUUAACUCAUUUUGAACAUCUACUGAUACUUGCACAUACAAACACCAGAAAAAAAAAAUUCUGCUUGAGGUUACUGUAACUGUGUAGCAUUGCCCUUUAAAGAUAUGGUUUGGGACAAAGGAAGAUGAGUCCACCUGUCUUCUACUCUUUGUCUAAAGACUGCAUUGAUGGGGUCACUGUAUGAGAAACACAAAUGUAAGAGUGUGUAAUCUUUGUAUCAUACUGAAGAUUGAUGCAAGAAUGACUAGACAAAUGGGUGGCUCAUACUAUAGUGCAGCCCUUCAGGCUCUCUGUUUCGAAGACAGGUUUAUUAAUGAAUCACUAGCUAUGGAGUGGAUCCUGAGAAAUUUGUAAAAUAGAAAGAUAUGUUUAAGUAGAAGUGAUAUGAAAAAAAAAUCAUGACCAUUGGCCUUUUGGCCAGCUG